AUGGGGAGAGAUCUGGAACUGUAUCAGCGGAAAUCAGAGUCACCAAAGCUGCAGACCCCGAGGGGCCGGUACCCUGAGGGGGGCGAUGACACCACCACGCGUCUCCUGCUGGGGUCGAUUGCAGUGCUGCUGUUCGCCAUUCUGGUGGUGAUGAGCAUCUUGGCUUCCAAGGGCUGCAUCAAGUGCGAAGCGCCCUGCCCAGAGGACUGGCUGCUCUACGGGCGGAAAUGCUACUUCUUCUCCGAGGAGCCGAGGGACUGGAACACGGGCCGCCAGUCCUGCCACACCCACGAGGCUGUGCUGGCUGUGAUCCAGAGCCAGAAGGAGCUGGAGUUCAUGUUCAAGUUCACACGGAGGGAGCCUUGGAUUGGCCUGCGCAGAGUGGGGGACGAAUUCCACUGGGUCAACGGGGACCCGUUUGACCCUGACACAUUCCCGGUCUCAGGCCCGGGGGAGUGCGUGUUCGUGGAGCCUACCCGGCUGGUGUCAACGGAGUGUCUAAUGACGCGGCCCUGGGUGUGCAGUAAGAUGGCCUACACGUGA